GAGGGAUCGGAGCUGAAGAUGGAGCUUUUCUGGAUUUUGGUAUUUUCUAUCAUCUACCCAUAUGCGCAAGGGCAAGGAGUGUACGCCCCUGCCAAUGCCAAGAUCGUGCAUGAGGGCCAGGCGUGUGUGGUGAAGGACGACAACAUCAGUGAGAGGAUCUACACCAUCAGAGAGGGAGACCACCUGGUGCUCAAAUGUCUGGUCAAAGGACACCCACGACCACAGGUGCGUUGGACAAAGACAGCAGGCAGCGCCUCUGACAAGUUCCAGGAGACGUCCAUCUACAACGAGACGCUGCGCAUCGAGGGCAUCCAGCGGGUGCAGGGCGGCCGCUACUACUGCAAGGCCGACAACGGGGUGGGGGUGGCUGCCAUCAAGUCCAUCCGGGUAGACGUGCAGUACCUUGACAAACCAGUUCUGACGGUGCACCAGACCAUCAGCGAUGUGCGCGGGAGCUUCUAUCAGGAGAAGACGGUGUUCCUCCGCUGUACUGUCAACUCCAACCCCCCGGCCCGCUUCAUCUGGAAACGAGGCACCAUUCCCAUAGAGCAGAGCAAGGAUCAAGGAGUGGACAUCUACGAACCGCUAUACACACAGGGGGAGACCGAGGUUCUGAAGCUGAAGAACCUGAGGCUGAAGGACUUUGCCAACUACACGUGCCAGGUGUCCGUUCGCAACGUGUGUGAAAUCCCUGAUAGCUCUGUCACCUUUCUCCUCACCAUCGGCACCACUCCCCCUGCUCUACGGCUUUCUGUCAACGAAUCCUUGGUGGUAGACCCCGGGAAGGACGUGACCCUGUCAUGCGAGGUGACCGCCGGAUUGCCUAAACCCACCGUCACCUGGUCGCGCUACCUCAACCCGUUGCCGAGAAACUCGUUGGUAAGAGACGGGACUCUGGAGUUGCGCUCGGUGACGCCCGCCGACUCGGGCUUCUACAACUGCACUGCAGUCAACAAUGUGGGGAACCCAGCCAAGAGGAACGUCAACCUCCUCGUCCGAAGUAUGGGUAACCUUACCUUCCAGAUCACACCUGACUCCAACAAGGACAGUGAGAGCAUCCAGAUGGGCCGUGACCUCAAGCUUUCCUGCCACGUGGAUGCGGAGCCCCAGGACAAGGUGAACUACACGUGGUACCAGAACGCGGUGCUCAUCUACAACUCGGACAGCCUGAUUGUGCUGCACAGCGACCCAGACAUGGCGCCUGGUACUAGCAGUCUGGAGAUCGUGGACAUGAAGUUCCACGACCAGGCCACCUACAGCUGCGUGGCCAACUUCCCCGGGAGCACAGUGCCCGAGCUGAGGGUAGAUGUCAACAUCACCCAGAACAGCGUUACUCCCCCAAUUUUAACGGUGCCAGAAGGGGGCCAGGUGGUGAGCGUGAGGGAGGGAGGCACCACCGACCUGGUGUGCCUGGUUGAUGGCAAGCCCCGCCCACCCGUGCUUUGGUCGCGUGCCGACAAGGACCUGACCAUGCCCACGGGUGAGUGGGCGGUGGAAACACGCGACGGGCGCCUCCGCCUGACCAAUGUCACCCGCGACCUGAUGGGUGCCUACCGCUGCCAGACGGCGCCAUACAAUGGCCUCAACGUCAAGCCACGUCAGGCACAGGUUCACCUGAAUGUACAAUAUGCUCCAGUCCUGGACCCGGUUUUCCAGGAUGUUCGCUCGCCCAACUACCAGUUUGUAACCCUGCGCUGCAUCAUUCAGAAGUCCAACCCGCCACACAUGGCCAGCAUCCGCUGGACGCGAAACGGCGAGCCCCUGACCUCCCUGACCCCAAACCCCCGGGAGAACCCGCAGCUGAAAUUCAAAUUGGACCCCAGCAACAACGGCACGUACAAGUGCCGUGUCAACAACGGCGUGGGCUCUUCUACCUGCACCUUCAACAUCUCAUCCCGUCCAUAUAACGCUGAGUUCUACUUUGACACGCCCAACCCCAUCCGCAAUCUGAAGGGCAACAACUUCUCCUACAACCUCCAGUGGACCCAGAGAGAGCCCGUGGCUACAGACCGGAUCAUUGGCUACUGGGUCAACGUUCGCAAUCAGAAUGAAAAGAUGAAUCAGAUGAACCUGUUCUCCAAGCAGAUCGACAAGGAGCCGGUGAAGGGAGGCCUCAUGUCCUACAUCCUGACUGACCUGAAGAUCCCCCUCUCCUAUGAAAUCCGCCUGGCCCCCAUCACCACCUAUAGCACAGGAGACUAUGUCAGUCGCACCAUCAAGUACUCAGAGCCCUACAAUUACCCAAGACCUUCAGACCAUGUUUGUGGCUUUGAGGACAAACACAUCUGCGGUUUCUCCCAGGACCGGGGUGACAAUUUUGACUGGACAAGACAGAACCACCUGACACAGAACCCCAAGCGUUCAUCCAAUACCGGCCCAGAGAUGGACAGGAGUGGUACCAAAGAAGGUUGCUACAUGUACAUUGAGGCCUCUAGUCCCCGGGUACCGGGAGACACUGCCCGUCUCUUGUCCCCCCUCUACAACGUGACUGCUGCCAGGGGCCCCAAGGGCUCUGGUCGUCUCCCUUACUGCAUCUCUUUCUUCUACCACAUGAAGGGCAAGCAGACCGGUACCCUGGACGUGUGGCUGAGGGUGAAGAGCAUCGCCUCUGUGGACACUAAGGUCUUGAGCCUGAUUGGGAACCAGGGUCCUGACUGGAACCAGGCCAACAUCAUUGUCAACCCCAGCGGACCCUUUCAGGUGGUGUUUCAGGCCAUUCGGGGAUCGGGCUACGAAGGGGAUAUUGCCAUCGAUGAUGUAUCAGUCACCAAAGGGAAAUGCAAGCAGGAGAAUUCCGUUUCCAACACAGUUCUGAUUGGAGGAGCCCCGGUGCUGUGCUCGCAACCAUUGGCCGCCUCACUGACCUUCGCCCUCUGCUCCUAUCUACUGCUGCUCUACAGAUGA